GCGUAUUGUGCGCCGGUCGCAGCAAAUUGAUUCGGGAUCUUGCCUGGACCACGGUACCUGGACUUUACUAAACAACGAAUAGGCGGCACCGACAUCAUGAUCACUUCUGCCGCUGGAAUCCUUUCCCUUCUGGAUGAAGAUGAACCGCAGCUAAAGGAAUUCGCAUUGCACAAAUUAAAUGCUGUGGUUAAUGAUUUCUGGGCAGAGAUCUCUGAGUCUGUGGAUAAGAUUGAAGUGCUGUAUGAAGAUGAAAAUUUCAGAAGCAGACAGUUUGCUGCUCUUGUGGCAUCUAAAGUUUUUUACCAUCUUGGGGCGUUUGAAGAGUCCCUGAACUAUGCUCUUGGUGCUGGGGAUUUAUUCAAUGUAAAUGACAACUCAGAAUAUGUUGAAACAAUUAUAGCUAAAUGCAUUGACCACUACACCAAACAAUGUGUGGAGAAUGCAGAACUGCCUGAUGGUGAGAAGAAGCCAAUAGAUGGUCGGCUGGAAGGGAUUGUCAACAAGAUGUUCCAGCGCUGCCUGGAUGAUCACAAGUUUAAGCAAGCCAUUGGAAUUGCGCUGGAGACACGCAGGCUAGAUGUAUUCCAGAAGACCAUUUUACAAUCCAAUGAUGUCCCUGGAAUGCUGGCAUACAGCCUCAAAGUAUGCAUGUCCCUCAUGCAGAACAAGCAGUUCAGAAAUCAAGUACUUAGAGUUCUGGUCAAAAUCUACAUGAACCUGGAGAAGCCAGACUUCAUUAAUGUGUGCCAGUGCCUUAUUUUCCUGGAUGACCCACAAGCAGUAAGUGAUAUACUGGAAAAGCUGGUGAGAGAAGACAAUCUUCUCAUGGCAUAUCAGAUAUGUUUCGACUUAUAUGAGAGUGCCAGUCAGCAGUUCCUUUCUUCAGUUAUACAGAAUCUGCGUACAGUUGGAGCCCCCAUUCCUUCGGUGCCAGGCUCGACCAAUACUGGCACUGUUCCAGGGGCUUCGGCAGACAGUGAAACCAUGGAAUCAGAGGAUCAGGCUAGCAUCACAGUAGGAAGCAAUGCGACAGAAUCAAACCCGGAACCAAAAGAUCAGAUCUCCAAGAUGGUAAAGAUCCUCAGUGGUGAGAUGGCCAUAGAACUUCACUUGCAAUUUUUGAUACGGAACAAUAAUACAGAUCUAAUGAUCUUAAAAAACACUAAGGAUGCAGUACGAAAUUCUGUGUGUCACACAGCCACUGUUAUAGCAAAUUCAUUCAUGCACUGUGGCACUACCAGUGAUCAGUUCCUCAGAGAUAAUUUGGAGUGGUUAGCCAGAGCCACAAACUGGGCAAAGUUCACAGCAACAGCCAGUUUAGGUGUUAUUCAUAAGGGUCAUGAAAAAGAGGCUCUUCAGUUAAUGGCAACUUAUUUGCCUAAAGACACUUCACCGGGAUCUGCAUACCAGGAGGGAGGAGGACUCUAUGCUCUUGGACUCAUUCAUGCCAACCAUGGAGGUGACAUCAUAGACUACCUUCUGAACCAGCUAAAGAAUGCCAGCAAUGACAUUGUGCGGCAUGGUGGCUGCUUGGGGCUUGGAUUGGCAUCCCUGGGGACUGCUCGACAAGAUGUUUACGACCUUCUGAAAACUAACUUGUAUCAGGAUGAUGCCGUUACUGGAGAGGCAGCAGGUCUAGCUCUUGGGUUAGUGAUGCUGGGCUCCAAAAAUGCUCAGGCGAUUGAGGAUAUGGUGGGAUAUGCCCAAGAGACACAGCAUGAGAAAAUUUUGAGGGGACUGGCUGUGGGAAUCGCUAUGGUUAUGUACGGUCGAAUGGAAGAAGCAGAUGCGCUGAUAGAGAGCCUCUGCAGAGACAAGGAUCCAAUCCUUCGCAGAUCUGGAAUGUAUACAGUGGCUAUGGCAUACUGUGGCUCAGGGAAUAACAAGGCCAUCCGUCGCCUCCUGCAUGUGGCUGUGAGUGAUGUCAAUGAUGAUGUUAGAAGAGCAGCUGUAGAAUCUCUGGGCUUUAUCCUGUUUAGGACACCAGAGCAAUGCCCGAGUGUUGUAUCCUUGCUGUCUGAGAGCUAUAACCCACAUGUGCGAUACGGUGCGGCAAUGGCCUUGGGCAUCUGCUGCUCUGGAACUGGAAACAAGGAAGCAAUUAAUCUCCUGGAGCCUAUGACCAACGACCCUGUGAAUUAUGUACGUCAGGGAGCCCUUAUCUCAUCUGCCCUCAUUAUGAUUCAGCAGACUGAAAUUACAUGCCCAAAGGUCAGUCAGUUCCGUCAGCUGUAUUCCAAAGUUAUCAAUGACAAGCAUGAUGAUGUGAUGGCCAAGUUUGGAGCCAUUUUAGCCCAGGGGAUUUUGGAUGCAGGGGGUCACAAUGUGACCAUUUCAUUGCAGUCCCGCACUGGUCACACCCACAUGCCUUCAGUGGUUGGAGUUCUGGUCUUCACUCAGUUCUGGUUCUGGUUCCCACUUUCACACUUUCUUUCUCUGGCAUUUACACCAACCUGUGUGAUUGGACUCAACAAAGAUCUCAAGAUGCCAAAGGUUCAGUAUAGAUCAAACUGUAAGCCAUCAACAUUUGCUUAUCCUGCACCGCUGGAGGUGCCCAAAGAGAAAGAAAAAGAGAAGGUGUCUACUGCUGUCCUGUCCAUCACAGCCAAAGCCAAAAAGAAGGAGAAAGAAAAAGAGAAGAAAGAGGAGGAAAAGAUGGAAGUGGAUGAAACUGAAAAGAAAGAAGAAAAGAAGAAAGAGCCAGAACCAAACUUUCAGCUUCUUGAGAACCCUGCUCGGGUGAUGCCAGCUCAACUGAAAGUGCUCAGCAUGCCUGAGGGCAGUCGGUAUCAGCCAUUCAAGCCUCUUUCUAUUGGUGGUAUUAUCAUUCUCCGAGACACGAGUGAAGAGGAGGAACAACUGGUAGAACCUGUUGCAGCUCAUGGGCCUAAGAUAGAGGAAGAAGAACAAGAACCUGAGCCCCCAGAGCCAUUUGAAUACAUUGAUGACUAGAAAUGCAGGUGAAAACUCAGUGUCAGAUGUAAUGCUGUACGUGGUUAUCAGCCACUACUAAAGCUGAUUGUGUGCCACCUCUUGCUACCCUAAGCCCUAUUUGUAGCAGCUCAGUGUGUUGGAUUUAAUGUUACUGUCCCUAUGGUCUGUUUUCCAAUAAAAAAAACUCUGAUCUAA